AUGGGCGACGCAUCCAUCCUCCACAUGCCAACGGCCCUCAUCUUUGGCGGCAAUGGCAAGACUGCCCGCCAACUGACCAAGAUCCUUCUGGGCGCCCCCACCCCGCACACCGUUUUCAGUGUCAUCCGAAACCCGGACCAGAUCCCGGAUCUCAAAGCCAUCGGCGCGAAGCCGAUCGUCCAGGACAUCGCAACCGCCUCCGAGGCGGACUUCAUCAAAAUCGUCGAGGGCACCCGGCCCGACGUGGUGGUGUGGGCAGCCGGCGGCAAGGAUCCCAAGUCCGCCGAGGCCGUUGACCGCGACGGCGCCAUCCGCGCCAUGGAUGCCCUAGCCAAAGCCAAUGUCACAACUAAGCGAUACAUUGUUGUCAGCGCCCUCGACGUCCGCGACCGCGAGAACAAGCCCGUCCCGGAUUGGUACACGGAAGCUGAUGAGAAGCUCAGUGACCGUAUGUGGGGCAUCAUUGGUCCCAUUCUCCGAGCUAAGCUCGCGGCCGACACGGAGUUGAGGGUCGGAAAUGCGGCUCGCGGACUCGACUACACGAUCGUGAGGCCGGGUGGUCUUGGAGAAGGUCCCAGCGAGGGCGUCAUCCGAGCCGGAAAGGUGGGAACAGUCGGCAUCAUUCCACGCGAAGACGUUGCAAAGGUGAUCUACGCGUCCAUGCAGAACAACAAGACUCACGGACUCGCAUUCGAUAUCUUGGGGCCCGGUGAUGGAAGCCUGUCAAUCAAGCAAGCCGUUGCAAAAGUAGCAAAGGAUCAUGAGGAUACCUUUGAGGGCUAUUAUUAG